AUGGCCGCAGCCGUCGACACCGGCGGCGCUGCGAUCGUGGUCAAAGGCGUCGAUGUCUGGGCCGGCGACAGCCCUCUCAUCCUGGACGUGAACUGGAGCGUGAUGCCGAACGAGCGCUGGGCGAUUCACGGCACCAACGGUUGCGGGAAGUCGACGCUGCUCCGGGCGAUCAGCGCGGCAGCGAAUGGCGACGGCGGCGGCCGGCUCGCGGACGGCGGCCAGCUCGUCGUGUCGUCGUCGCUGCGGCUCGGCAUGCUGGAACAGACCGCGGUGUCGGGCGCCGACACGACGGUGCGCGAGGAGGUUGUCUCGCGGAUGGAGAGGUACCAGGCGGCCAAGGCUGCGCUCGACUCGGCGGUCGAGUCGUGCGUCCUCGGCACCGACGAGGAGCUCGAGUGCCUGGAGGCGGCGCAGUCGGAGUACGCGGCCGCCGGCGGGUACGAGAUUGAGGCGCGCAUCUCAAAGGUGCUGCAGGGGCUCGGCUUCGAGACGGAGGAGUUUGACGCGCCCUGCUCCUCCUUCUCUGGCGGCUGGCAGAUGCGCAUCGGCCUCGCGCGGCUGCUGCUCUCCGAGCCGGAGAGUCUCCGACGAGCCCACACCACGCUGCUCAUCAUGGACGAGCCCACCAAUCACCUCGACGCCGCCGCGCGCCGCUGGCUCGGCGAUUACGUGGGCGCGUACCAGGGCACGGUGCUCGUUGUCUCCCACGACGCCGAGUUUCUGCGCCGCGCAUCCAACAGCAUCGCCGAGGUCGCGGGAGGGCGGCUCGAGCUGUACAAGUCGGUGACGUACGACAAGUUCCUGGAGGAGCGCGAGGAGCGGCAGGCGCGCGUGCGGGCGACGGUGGAGGCGCAGGAGCGAGAGCGCAAGCGCAUGCAGGACUUCAUUGAUCGCAUGGGCGCAAAGGCGUCCAAGGCGACGCAGGCCAAGGACCGGCAGGGCAAGCUCGAGAGGCUGGCGAAGCAGCAGGCGGCCGCAAAGGCGCUGCUGAUUGGCCAGCAGCGCCGCCCUUCGCUCACGCUCGCAGCGCCGCCGCCGUGUGGCAUGACGCCGUUGGCGCUGGCCGGCGCCGACAUCCGCCACCCGCUCGGGGCGCAGGACAUCAUCACGGGCGCCGACCUCGCCGUGGCAAAGGGCAUGCGGCUGAUCUUGCGCGGACCGAACGGCGCCGGUAAGUCGACGAUCCUAAAGGCCCUCGCCGGGUCGUUGCGUCUGGGCGAGGGGCAGCGCGUCGCCGACGAGCGGCUCGAGCUGGGCGUGUUUGCGCAGGACCUCGCGCAAGAGCUGCCGCAGGACGUGGUCGCGUUCGAGUACGUCUCGCAGACCGUCCGCCGGACAGACGGCACCGUCACGGACGAGCGGUGCAGGGCCGUCAUGGGUGCUCUCGGCCUCGUCGGCGACAAGGCGGCGCGAUCGAUCGGCGACCUGUCAGGCGGCGAGAAGGCGCGCGUGGCGCUCGCGACAUUCUGCCUCACGCCGUGCAACGUCCUCCUCCUCGACGAGCCGACAAACCACCUCGACGUGGACGCGAUCGCCGCGCUGCUCGACGCCAUCGGCAAGUACAACGGAGCGCUCGUCGUCGUCUCGCACGACCGCGCCUUUUGCGAGGCGAUUGACGCCACGCACGUCGGCUAUGUCGCCGACGGCAAGGUGCUGGUC